UACGAAAUUGCACAGAGAAUUGAAUCAUACUUGGCGAUCACAGAGAGUCCAAUCGUGAAGGUGUCACCUGCCAUGACCGUUGUCGGAGACGGGGUGUUGUCGCCAAGGGUUGCUUCAUUCUCGUCCAGAGGCCCGAGUCCUCUAUUCCCAGGCAUACUCAAGCCCGACAUAACUGCACCAGGCGUCGGCAUCUUGGCAGCUAUGCGCGGCUUCUAUGUGUUAAUGGAUGGUACAUCAAUGGCAUGCCCACAUGUCUCUGCAGUUACCGCACUUCUUAAGUCGGUUCACCCUGACUGGUCGCCUGCUAUGAUCAAGUCUGCAAUCGUCACCACAGCAUCAGCGACCGAUCAAUUCGGUGAGCCAAUCGAAGCGGAGUCGGUGCCGAGGAAGGUGGCUGAUCCCUUCGACUUCGGUAGUGGCCACAUGGAUCCUGAUAGAGCCGCUAACCCUGGCUUGGUUUACGAUGUGGAUGCAAGAGAGUACAACAAGUUUUUUAAUUGCACCCUUGGAUCGUUCCAUGGUUGCGAGUCCUACCAACUCAAUCUCAAUAUCCCGUCGAUCGCUAUUCCAGACCUCAAGGAUCACGUCGCGGUUCAACGCACUGUCACAAAUGUGGGGGCAGUCGGAACAACUUAUCAUGCGGUACUUGAAGCUCCAGCAAGGGUGAACAUGUCCGUGGAGCCAUCUGUGAUCACAUUCGCCAAAGGAGGUAGCACAAGCAUGACAUUCAGAGUGUCGUUCGCUACAAAGCGGAGAGUGCAAGGUGGGUUUACCUUUGGGAGCUUGACAUGGUCAGAUGGAAAUACGCACUCGGUUAGAAUUCCCGUCGCAGUAAGGACUGUGAUACAAGACUUUGUUGCGGAUAUAUCUUAAAUACAUCAACUCAAUAGUGUGUCAUUGUUCAUGCACUCAUGUACUUGGCAUCGAAAAAUGUAGGGAACACUAAAAAUCAUUUUCUUACAAUAGUAUGAAAUAAACAUGGUAGUCCUCCAUGAUUACUGAGAUGUAUUGAUCCUUUUAUAUGUCUAUAUACUAGCAAAAUAUUGUAUGGUGGCGCCGCGUGUCCAAGGGAGCACAUACUUCGGGAAAUUUUAAUAAAAAUAUGUACUUGC